AUGUCUUCUCUUUCAGGUACCCUACCAAAAUGUCCUUAUUUAGAGAGUACCCUCUUUCAACUGCUGCUUGCCCAUGUGACGUUUGUUCGUUACCUAUCAAAGUUUUUCUAUUUAUCGCUGUUCCUUUUCAAUCUAUCCCUGUUCAUUAUCUAUCUAUCUAUCUAUCUAUCUAUCUAUCCCUGUUUAUUAUCUAUCUAUCUAUCUAUCUCUGUUCAUUAUCUAUCUAUCUAUCUUCAUUAUCUAUCUAUCUAUCUAUCUAUCUAUCUAUCUAUCUGUUCAUUAUCUAUCUAUCUAUCUAUCUUCAUUAUCUAUCUCUGUUCAUUAUCUAUCUAUCUAUCUAUCUAUCUAUCUAUCUAUCUAUCUUCAUUAUCUAUCUAUCUAUCUAUCUAUCUCUGUUCAUUAUCUAUCUAUCUAUCUAUCUCUGUUCAUUAUCUAUCUAUCUAUCUCUGUUCAUUAUCUAUCUAUCUAUCUAUCUAUCUAUCUAUCUCUGUUCACUAUCUAUCUAUCUAUCUAUCUCUGUUCAUUAUCUAUCUAUCUAUCUCUGUUCAUUAUCUAUCUAUCUAUCUCUGUUCAUUAUCUAUCUAUCUAUCUAUCUAUCUAUCUAUCUAUCUAUCUAUCUAUCCCUGUUCAUUUUCUAAGUCUGUUCAUAUCUAUCACAUUCCUCACAUUUUAUUUCAUUCCUUCUCUCUUUUUAUUUCAUUCAUUUCUUCUUUUUCAUUUUUAUAUCUUUCUUUUCAAUUUUCCUCAUUUAUUCUUGAAUUAUUAAUCUCCUUCUUUCCUCACCAUUAUUUCUCAUUCUCUUCUUUCUUUUCUUCUCUUAUUGCUUCUUUCUAG